AUGUUAAAACCUUACACUAUCGGAUUACCUGUACAGGGAUUAGCGAAUAGACUAGUCCUCGUGUUGGUGCCAAUUGUUUUGGCAUUACCUUACCAGGAAACCAGUGACCAAGGUCAGAUAACCAAACGUGCUAGCAACAAUUGGCUGGAGAAUCCUGGUUCCGAGAAAGAAACUAGUGACCAAGGUCAGAUUGCAAAACGUGCUAGCAACAAUUGGCUGGAGAAUCCUGGUUCCGAGAAAGAAACCAGUGACCAAGUGGGACUCACCGAAAAGGCCUAA